GGGGGCGAUAAACUAUUCCCUUAAAUGGAUGUUUCUAAAAAAACAAAAAAAUAAAAAAAACGUAUACAUGUCUACCUUAACAUCAAAAUCAUUGCAGGCAUAAAAUAUACCCCUUUAUUAAGCAAGGAGACAUGGGCAGGGCUCAAUAUCUUGCUUGAUAAAUUAAAGACACUCAGACCCGCGGGUUCUGGGACCGUGUUAACGGUCCCCUCUGCCUCUGGUAGUCGUUUCUUCUUACCCCGUCCGGUGCGGCAUCUCGUCGGUGCGCGUGCCUGCGGCCACCCCCGCCCUUCCUUCAGCCCAAUCUCUUGUUGGAUAAGAAACUGGCACUGGAAGCGGAUGAGGCGCUGGUUGUAGAGCGUUGGUCAGACAGGCGCUGGUUGUAGAGCGUUGGUCAGACAGGCGCUGGUUGUAGAGCGUUGGUCAGACAGGCGCUGGUUGUAGAGCGUUGGUCAGACAGGAGUGGAUAGAAGUAAGCGGCAUCCCUCCUGCGUCUGUCAUGGAGAGGAGGAGCAGGACCUCUUUUGUCAGGGUUUCUCCAGAAGUAGACUUUGUCCUCGGCCUUGUCUUUUUUUGUCUUGGUUGAAUUUCUUGAUUUUUAAGUUAUUUUAUUUCUGUAGACAACCUGUCCUGGAGCGCUUGGUUAGUUUUCAUCAGUUCAUUGAAUAUGUCGCCAUCAGUAACAGCUCUUUGCAGAGCUGUGCGUUAGGUCAGCACUGGAAGACAGACUGCAUCAGUGAGACGUACGACGAGGCAGAGCGGAAGAUCUCGUUCAAGAUGGACUCGUUCUACGCCUUCACGCUGCUACAGGACUCGUAUGCCAACAUGCCGUUCCACAGCUGGGAGCUCAGACCACUGGGCCAGGACUCUGCCCUGCUCACCAUCACGGCAAGAACUCACAAUGUCAUGCUCCAUCUCCUCCAUAGAAUCUGGGACAACAAGUGUAUGCUCCAGUCAGACCAGGAGAGAGGACUGAACCACAUCCUGGGCCAGUGGAUGAGUCCCUCUGUACUGCAGAAAGCCAUGGUCAGCACGGGGGUCAACAUCUUCGUCAACCAAUACUCCGACAAAUAUGUCACCCGUAAACGCAAAAGGACCCUGAUAGAACACGCGGUGUAUGAACAGAUGGCACUGCUCUCCUCUGCCUUCUCCUGGAGCCAGUGGAACACACAGUGUGGCCAGGAGCAUCUGGUGCUGCAGGUGUGUGAGCACCUAGACCCGGUCCAAGAGGACUCGUGGUGUGUGUACCUGCUGGGGACCCGGAGGUGCCAGAGGCUGAUGAGCAAGGAACACAGUGAGGCGUUCUCUCCAGAGCUGGACUCCGGCAGUGAGUUCCACUCCACCUUCCUGCACAUGCUCGGAGACGACAUGUCCCGCGCCGGACAGGAACAGGCGCGACACUCUCACCACCUGUUCGUCGAUGCCGUGCAUAGACUGCUGUGUGCCACACGGCCUCUCACAUACUCCUGACUACAGUAGAUACCAGACUCCCCAUGUAGGAGUAGCCAAAAACAACAGAUCUAGGAUCAGAUUUGACAAUUCCCAAUCAUAACUUUAACCAUUAGGGGGAAUAUGUAUAUCUGAUCUUGUAUCAGAGGUUAGC